AUUACUUAUAGUUGCAGCGUUGACAUACAUUUUUUUUACGCAAUAUCAUAUAAAGAAUAUCAGUUUACAUUGUGAACAGAUUGGUCUGUGUGAUUAACGAAGACUGGUGCUUCACAUAAGAGGAGAUAAAAGUAUAAAACAUCAUGAACAUACAACAAAGCACAGAAUUGAUUAUUUUUGUGACUCAUGUUGAAGCAGAGGAUUCACUUCUUAAAAUUUGGGGUCAGGUUGACAAAAAUUCUGCGACAUGCGUAGAACGCAUGAUUUUACCCCUGGUUGAGCAAUUUGCUCGAAGUCAGGGUUCUGUUGGGUCAAGAACUGCCAAUUUACGCGUGAAUGCUCUUUGCUGUGCUAGAUUUCAAAAUGAAGGAUAUUAUAGAGCAAAAGUAAUUAACAUACGCCCAGAUGGUAUGAUAGUUUUACAAUUCAUUGAUUAUGGUAAUAUUGAGGUAUUACCACCUCAAGAAAUUCAUUUACUUGAAAACAUACCUGGUUCCGAGUCUUUGCAAUCUUUUCCACCUGUAGCAUUUGAUUUCACAUUAAUGCAUAUAUUACCAAUAAACGGGAUUUGGGAAAACAAAAUAAUUGAAUUAAUUAAAAAAACUUUAUGGUACAAUGAAUAUAAAAUCUUGAUCCACACUGUAAUUAAUAAUCGUCGCUUUAUUAAACUUUGGUAUAAUAAUGAAGAUUUCAGUGAAUUAUUAAUCAAGAGACAUAUGGCAGUAGGUGCUACAUUACAAGAGAUGUUUAGGCCACCAAAAUGUAUGCGAGAACCUGAAGUACCGAUAUACCAGCAAUCAAGCAAACACCUUAUAAGUAAUAAUUUAACGUCAGUGGCUCCUAUGCAGAAUGUAAAUCCAUUGCAUUGUGAUGGAAGUGAUAUACAUGGAUAUCAACGAAGUGUUCCUUUAUGUUGUGCAGCGCAACAAAAACACAUGAUGCACUCGCCUGUACAAGAAGCACUUGUAUUUAAAUCACGUGUUCUAGAUGUACCAUCCAAACAUGAAGUAUAUGUGUCUUUUGUUGAAGACGGCCCACAUAAAUUCUCUGUGCAACUUCAAAGUACAUCUCAAAUAUUAAGUUUGCUCAUGAGGGAUAUUAAUAAUCAUCCUAUAGAACCAUUGCAAGAACCUCCUUUGCCUGGGUCAGUGUGUUUAGGUCGUUACACGCAAGAUAAAGUAUUGUGCAGAGCUGUUGUAAUGUCCGUAAUGGAAAAUAAGUGUAAACUAUAUUAUGUUGAUUUUGGUCAUACAGAGGUAUUACCAUACACGGAUAUCUUCCAACUACCAUCUCAUUUUAUUAAUCCCAAAGUACUUUCAAUUCGAUUUACUCUAAGUGGUGUACAUGAAUUAAAUGUCAGAGAUGAAAUGAAAGAAUAUUUUAAACAAAUUGUAUCAGGAAAACUGCUUGUUUUACAUGUUUGUCCACCAGAAGGACCACCAUUGGUUCAAUAUGGAGAUUUAUAUGAUGAUGGGAAAAACAUAAAGAAUAUUCUGAGACAAGCAUUUCCAACACCAACUGCAGCUCCUAUAUCUUUUGGAUAUCAAGAACCAGCAAAAUUGUCGAAAGGUGCUGAAGAAGUUGUACAUGUUUCAUUUGUGGAAACUUGCAGAAAAUUUUUUGUACAGCUAAAUAGCAACACAGGAUCUUUGGAAUCAAUAAUGAAUUGUCUAGCAGACUUUUGUCAAACUGCGCCUACUUUGAGUUUAACACAAUUGAAGAUUGGUCUUCCUUGUGCCGCUUUGUAUGAUAAUCAAUGGUACAGAGCACAAAUUCUUGGCAUAAAUGCAAAUAACGUGAAGGUGUUAUAUGUUGACUAUGGUAAUGAGGAAACUAUCCCUGUAAUAUCUCUUCGUUUAAUACAUGAUGAUUUAAUAAAACAAUUGGAAGCUCAAGCUAUAAAAUGCAUUUUAAAUGGAUGGGAACUCCUUCCGUGCACUCAAGAAGUGUUUAAUCAGUUUGAAUUACUUACCUUGGAAAAACAAUUACUUUUAAGAGUAAUGGAUGUAAAGUCAGAUGGUUUAAUAGUAGAUUUAUAUGAACUUGAGAGAAUGGAAAGCAUUAAGUCAAAAAUGUUGCGUAUAUUUGUAGAUGAUAGGAAAUCAACAAAUGAACCAAACUAUCAAAAUAUGGAGAAACAACAUACUGUUAAAAUAAAUCCAAACAUUAAUCAAAGUGAGAAUAUAAAUAAUUGGCAGAAAAACAGUCAAAUAGACACAUGGAAUGAUCCACAGAAUACUUCCACAGUUCAGGAAAGGCACAAAUCUAAAUCUUGGAAAGAUGAAUCCAACGAAGAAAAAAUAUAUGAAAAUAGAAAUGAAAGGAGUAAUUUUCAUCGCAACGAUUCUAGAAAUGAAAGGUUUAAUAAAGACGACUUUUCUAAUGCCAGAAAUGAACGAUUUAGUAAAGAUGAUCAUUCUAAUGUCAGAAAUGAACGCUUUAGUAAAGAUGAUCAUUGUAAUGUGAGAAAUGAAAGGUUUAGUAAAGAUGAUCAUUCUAAUGCCAGAAAUGAUAGGUUUGGUAAAGACGAUUUUUCUAAUGCGAAAAAUGAAAGGUUUAGUAAGGAUGACUUCUCUAAUGGUAGAAAUGUAAAGGAUAAAUGGAAUAACAGAAACGAAUACAAUGAUUCGCUUAAGGGUAGCAGAGCUGGUAGAGGUGGUAGAGGUGGUAGAAAUAAAACUUCAGGAUAUGGAUCAAAAAGUCAUUCUUCCGAUAAAAGUUGGAGUGAUAAAGACUCAGAUACAUCGUCUAAAGGGAGUAGUAGACGUGGACGAGGUAACACAACGCGUGGUAAUUAUUCUAAACGUGAUGGAUUUUCUGGAAGAACGCAAAGUAACAGAUUUAAUGAUAGAGACAGUGACAGCAGCGUAAAAUCUGGAAAGACAAGCAGUGACUCAUAUUACGGGAAUAAUAAAUUUAAAGAUCGAAAGGGACAAGGAUAUAGACUAACACAGAGCAAGAUAAAUAUUAUAAACUUGAAUCACAUGGAAGAAGGACGAAGAUGUAGUCCUAUGCGAAGUAAAAGUGAUUUUCAUAUUCCGGUUCCUAAUAUAGUUAUUGGAUCUACAAAGAAUUGCGAAGUAGUUUAUACGAAUAGUCCACUUGAUUUUUUUGUUCAGUUAAGUCCUGAUUACACUGCGUUAGAUUCUGUAAUGGAAAGCAUUGCAUCAAUAUAUGAAAAUGGUGGAGAAUUAGUAAGAGAAUCUAAGGUUUUUAAGGGCUUGUACUGUAUUGCUCAAUAUUCCGAAGAUUCGAGAUGGUACAGAGCUAUUGUUAAAUCUGUUGAAGGAAACAAUGCAACUGUUCAAUUUGUAGAUUAUGGAAAUACAGAAACAGUCGAUUUUAAUAGACUCAAAGUCAUUCAAAAGGAGUUCUUAAAACUUCCAACACAAGCCAUACAUUGUAGACUAUUUGGUAUGAAAAACCUUACUUCGACUGAAGACGAAAUAAAAAGCUUUGAAAAUAAAGUAAAUGGCAAAGUGUUGGAAGUUGAAUUUGUUACUGAAGAGAAUGGUAUAUAUAGCGUAUUAAUACGAGAAGUAAUCGAUGAUUGUCAAACUGAUACUUUCAUAAAUGAAGAAUUUUGUCAAGGCAUCAAUUUACUACAAGCGAAGGAAGCUGCGGUAUCUCGUAGUAAAAUAAGUACAAUUAAAAAACAAAUUGCUGAUCCUGAUUAUGCACCUUUGAAUGCUGUAUGGUCAACAAUCUCACAUACACCUGGCACUAAAAAGGAUGUGAUUGUUACCUGGUUUACAAAUUCGAAUAAUUUUUAUUGCCAAACGCUUGACAAUGAAAAUGAAUUUAAGACCAUGAUGAAUAAAAUUCAAAAGAUAUAUACUGGCAGAGAACCUGUAUCAUCUACAUUAAAAGUUGGAUCACCUGUGAUAGCAACAUUUUUCGAAGAUAAAGCUCUCUAUCGCGCAGAAAUCGUAGAAUUGAAUAAGCUCAAUGGUCAUCUUAUUCAUUAUAUAGAUUUUGGAAAUAGCGCUGUAGUCGAUUUUCAAAAUAUUUAUCCUGUAGAAAAGGAAUUUAUGUAUCUACCUAAGCAAGCAUUUCAGUGUUCCCUAUUAAAUAUUAUCCCGAAAGAUGGUCUUAAUUGGUCUAACAUAGAUACUGAAACAAUUGAUAAUUAUUUUAAUGAUGAUAAAUAUACAUGCACUUUCCAUUGCAUGAAAGAUAAUAAAUAUUUUAUUUCGUUAAAUAAUAAUGGAAAUGAUGUGGGUAGUAUGUUGGUUGAAAACAAUCUGGCUUCAUUUUCUUCAGAAACUAAAUCAAACGACAUUACUGAUGAGAAUAAGAUUCCAGCACCUGUAAUUCCAAGUGAAAUUGAAAGUGUGGACAUAAAUCUUUUAAAUGGUCAGAUACUUAGAGUAAAAGUAUCGAGUGUGGAAAAUGUGUCUAAAUUUUACGUGCAACUUCCUUUCGCUACUGAAUGUGAAAACUUGAUCAAUACAUAUAUGACUGACAAAAAUCCCAAGGUGAUGCAACGAUUAUCAGUCCAUGAGAUAUGCCUGGGCACAGGUUGUUUGGUUUAUGCAAAUGGAGUAUGGAGGCGAGCAGUAAUCCGUAACCAUUCACGAUCUGCUGGCUUUGAUGUAAAAUUCAUUGAUACUGGAGCAUAUGAUGAAAUUCUCUCAGAUUGCGUGUUAGCAUUGCCAGGAGACCUGUCUGUUAUGCAGAAUCAGGCAGUAGAAUGUUCUCUUAUGAAAACUAAGUCUUCACCUGAAGUAGAUACAACGUUCAAAAAGUGUGUUGAAGGAAAGGAAGUAAUUAUGUAUAUCGAUGAAGUUGACAAUAACAGGCUCAUUGUAAAGUUAUUUGAUUCAUUGGGUAACAAAAUUAAUGUUACUGAAGAUAUUGAGGAAAGAAUAUCACCAAUAUGUCCAAUGUCUAUCUUAAGUUCUACUCAUAAAGUGUUGGUAUCAUAUGCGGAUCACUCUACCAGCAUCUGGUUACAACGUAAUGCAGACUAUGCUUUGGAUAAAAAUUUAAUCGAAGCGCUUAAUCAGUAUUAUCCUGCUUCUGGAAAAUUAGUAGAACCUAAAGUAGAUCUAUUAUGCGCUGCAAAAAGUGCUGAUGGUAAUUGGUAUCGUGCUAAAGUCAUAAAUUAUACAGAAACCGAAGUUUGUGUAAAUUUCAUUGAUUAUGGCAAUAACGAGGAAGUUCCUCGUGAUGUAAUAAUGACUUUGGAUUCUUGCUUUUAUACACCACAUCAGCUAGCUAUUAAUGUGUCGUUACCGGUAACUCUUAAAGGUACAGUAUCUGAACAACUAAACAUACUGCAGGAAUACUUGUCGAACAAAGUAUUCACAGCUGUUUUCCGUAAUGUAAACAAGAAGUGGAUAGUAGAAUUAUUAUAUGAUGGGGAAAAAAUUAGUGAGAAAUUACAUGCUCUUAAUUUACCAUUGCAACAAGAAGUAUCAGAAACAAUACAACUUAGCAUUCUUAAUAUGGAAAUAGGUUAUAAAUAUAAUGUAUAUAUAUCGCAUGUGGACUCUCCUAGUCAGUUCUGGCUUCAGUCUGUUAGAGAUGCUAAAAGACUUAACGAGAAACAAUCAGAGCUUCAAAUACAAGCUUCUACAUUUUCACAAGUAGAUGGGAUAUUAGAAGAAGGAAGUUUGUGCGUUGCGAUAUAUACAAUUGAUAAUUUAUGGUAUAGAGCACAGGUACUCGAUGCAGAUGAGGAUAUAACGACUGUGCGAUUUAUUGAUUACGGAAAUACUGAUGUUAUUGAUAAUAAAUCUGGAAAUAUUCGACAUAUUCCUGAUUCAUGGAAAGAAAUUAAGGAGUUCGCGAUUAAAUGUAGACUAGAUGUGAUUCCUGUAGAUUCAGAAGAUUGGAAUGCUAUAACAUGUGAAAAAUUCGAAACUUUAGUAACAUCUGUUGAAUCUUUAGAAACACUGGUGAUUGCUAAUGGCAUUACCACACGAGUAGAUUUGUUAAUAGAUGGUCAGAGUGUUAGCGAAACAUUGGUUAAAGAACAUCUUGCUGUAAUGAUUCACACUGAAGAUGAUUUAAUUGAUGAAAUAGUCGACCUAGAAUUGGAUCCUCACUCCGCUUUUGUAAGUCAUGUUAACUCUCCAAGCGAAUUCUGGGUGCAAGAAGAAAAGUCUGUUGGUGAUUUAGAAGUCAUGACUGACAGAUUUAUUGUAGCGCAUAUGUUCCCUAAAGUUGACAAAAUUCAAGAAAAUAUGUUGUGUGUUGCUAAGUACCCAGAAGAUGAUUGCUGGUAUAGAGCACGCGUUGUAUCACAUAAUGAUAAUACUACACGGGUUAUAUACAUUGACUAUGGAAAUUCAGCUACUACAACUGAAAUACGAGCUAUACCCGAAGACCUAAUGAAUGUACCACCAUUAUCAAGAAAGUGCCGUUUAGUUAUGCCAGCAGGAAUCACGGAAUGGUCAGAACAGGCUUGCGAAGAAUUUAUAAAAUUGGCUGCUGAUGGAGCAACAAUAUUUUUAUUGGAUGUAUUAAAUGAUGAUGUGACAUCAUUGGUGAAGUUAACAUUAAUCAAUGAAAAUGUAACAGAUCUGCUUGCUAAGUUUUGUCAUCAUCCACCAAUCAUAGAAGAAAGAUUGCCUCCUUUAGGCGAAGAAAAUUCACCAAAUGUAUUUAUUACUCGUGUCAAUUCAUUAAAUGAAUUCUAUGUUCAAGCUGAAAGUAAAACUACAGAAUUGAAUACAAUGUUGAAAAGACUCCAAGCAGCUCCUAGUUUUCUUCCGUUAAAUACAAUUGAAGUUGGCACUAUUUGUGCUGCAAAAUUUCCAGAUGAUGGUAAUUGGUAUAGAGCUAAAAUUCUUUCGCAUUCUGGUGAUUCUGUUACUGUUAAUUACAUUGAUUAUGGUAAUACAGUGGUCACAAAUGAAGUGCGAAUGUUACCAGUAGAUAUUAUAAAUAUACCUGCUUUAUCCAAAUGUUGUGCACUGCAGAAGCCGGAAACAAUAAAGUCUUGGCCUCCAGAAGCUUAUAAAAAACUUGAGGAACUUUCUGGUGAAGGAGAAACAAUGUUUCAAUUCGAAGUUCUUGAUGACUCGUGUGAUCCAAUUUGUGUUAAAUUGAGUCUCAAUGGAAAUAACGUCAUUGAUAUCCUAGUUCCACAUUCUGACAAUACAUCUUACGAUGAAGUUGAAGUAAAAGAAAAGGCACAUGCAAACGAGAUAUCAGAAAAUCAUGAAAGAAAUGAAGCUUUAAAUAAUGAUACAGUAGAAAGAAGUAAAUGUGACACUGAACAAAAUACAAGUAGUUGUACUAUAAAAUCAGAUGAAUCUUUAAAUAUACUUGAAGAACAAGAUGAAAAUACAAAGAUACAGGACACUGGUAAUUCACACUCUAAUUCUGUUGUAGAACUUACUGUAGACGAAAUAGUUCAGAAUAUGAAAAGAAUUAUCACAGAUGAAGGAGAGGAAGAGGUAGAAACUUUUAACAACAGUAAUACUGAAUCACUUAAUGAUUAUGAUGUUACAUCAGUAACAAAAAGUUUAGAGAACCUAGAAAUGCAAGAUCAAUUACAGUCAGGUAAUAGUAAUAACGAAAUAUCAGAACUAGAAAUUGAUUUUAAAGUAAAUGAAGAUACAGACCAUUCACAUCAAAGUAGUAAUUAUUUUGAACAAGAUAUUUCAUCAAGUGUAAUAGAUAUUAAUGUCAUAAAAACUGAUACUGAGAACCUUCAAAAAGAAAAAGAUGAUACAGAAAAUGAUAAUAAUCUUCAAAAGGAAAAAGACAAUGCAAAAAAUGAUGGCAUUCUUCAGAAAAAAGAAAACAAUGACGGAAAUGAUAACGACCUUCAAAAAGAAAUAGACACUGCAGAAAGUGAUAAUGAUCUUCAAAGAAAGACAGACAAUGCAGAAAAUGAUGGCGAU